CUUUUUCAGUCCAGCCACCCGGCCUGACAACAACAGGAAGUGGGUCACAAAGUCAUACGGGGCCUUUUCCGGUUUGCUGCCGCCAUGUCCAGCCAAAUAAGCAAGAAGCGAAAGUUCGUUGCCGACGGGGUUUUCAAGGCUGAACUCAAUGAGUUCUUGCGGAGGGAACUGGCUGAAGAUGGCUAUUCUGGUGUGGAGGUGCGUGUCACCCCCCAGAACACUGAAAUCAUCAUCUUGGCCACUCGCACACAGUCGGUACUUGGGGAGAAAGGUCGCAGGAUAAGGGAACUGACCUCUGUUGUUCAAAAAAGGUUUAGCUUCCCGGAGAACACUGUUGAGUUAUAUGCCGAGAAGGUUGCAUCCCGUGGCCUGUGCGCCAUUGCACAGUGCGAGUCGCUGCGUUACAAAUUGAUCGGUGGGCUGGCCGUCCGUCGUGCCUGCUACGGUGUGCUCCGCUUCAUCAUGGAGAGCGGUGCCAAGGGCUGCGAGGUGGUCGUCUCUGGAAAACUCCGCGGUCAGAGAGCCAAGUCUAUGAAGUUCGUAGACGGCCUCAUGAUCCACAGUGGCGAGCCCACCAACGAUUACGUUGAGACGGCCGUGCGUCAUGUCUUGCUCAGACAAGGUGUGCUGGGUAUCAAGGUAAAGAUCAUGCUCCCGUGGGACCCCAAUGGCAAGUUGGGUCCCAAGAGGCCACUGCCUGACCACGUGAGCAUUGUGGAGCCCAAGCCAGAGACUCUCCCGAGCGAGCCCUACUCUGAACCCAAGAUUGGUGCUGACAAGGGUGCUCCCAUCCCUGUUACAGCCUGAACAUAGCCAUUAAAAAGCUCCUUCUGGCACCCA